GUUUUAGGCGCAUUACGGUAGAGUCAAUUGUCCUCCAAACACAUCACCGCCAGUGCGCGCGAGCGCGAGUAAUCCUACACUGAUUUCUCCACGAAAGAGAAAGAGUGCGCGAGGUGCGGGACAGGGGGAUGCCAACGAGGGCGAAGCGUUGCUGAGACUCGACACAGAGAAAGAAAGUGACACAGAAGAGAAGAAAAAGGGGCAGGAAAAAAGGAACGAAGAGGAACAAACAAACGAGGAAGAAGCUCCGGAGCGACGUGCUCGUUUUCGCUUUCACCAACUUUUCUCCUCGUGCGGUGACCAUGAGCUAGUGUGCGCGAGGUACUCGGUAUUGUUCCUGCUUAUCGUCUCGUCCUGAGGAAGCACAAGGAAAAACGCACAAAGACGAAGGACUAAUAAAGACUAUUCAAGUCAUUACAAAGUAAUGAUCCAGAGAUAUUGAUCCCAGAGCGCAGUUGUUGUUUUUUUGUUUUGUUUUUUUUUGUUUUGUUUUGUUUCCUUUCUUUCCGUUUUGUUUUGUUUUGUUUUGUUUGUCGCAUCUUCCUGCGUCUCCUUUGGCGUGUGAGCGGCUUUUGGAAUCAUCACCGGGACCCCGCGUUGCAUCCAACCAGGGAGCGAGAACAUCCACAUGGUCGUGCGCGCGCCCUGAAACUUCACUUCUUCCGAGUUUGCCAACAGGUGCCACGUGAUGAUGGUAGAAUCAGCAACUGAGACCAUUCGAACAGCGUCCUCCAACCAAAACGGAGUCAGCAGCCUAACCAGCCAGUCGGAGGGCGGAGGGAGAGAGGGCGGAUCCAACGGUGAUGCCAAUGGGGAGAUCAGCCCCGUGGAUUUACUGCACCUUCAACAGCAGCAGGCUCUCCAGGCAGCACGCCAGUUUCUUCUUCAGCAGGCCACAGGACUCACCUCACCUAGCAGUAACGAGGUCAAACAGAGCCCUGUACAGGUGCCCGUGUCCAUGGCAAUGAUGACCCCACAGAUGAUCACUCCUCAGCAGAUGCAGCAGAUUCUUUCACCUCCACAGCUGCAGGCACUGCUCCAGCAGCAGCAGGCUCUCAUGCUGCAACAGGGAGCCUGGUGUCAAGUGGGGACAAUCUUGGACAAGGUGGCACAAUCACACAUACUCCAGUCAAUUUCGAGAUGCCAAUCAUACAAUAACGCAUGUCUUUGGACUGAGGGAGGAAACCAGAGAACCCAGAGGAAACCCAAAGCACAGCAAAAGGGAACUGAACCUUCAACCACAGAGUUGCAGGAGUACUAUAAGAAACAGCAGGAACAGCUGCAUCUCCAGCUUCUCAGCCAACAGCAGCAAGCAGGGAAGCAGGCCAAAGAGCAGCAGCAGUUGGGCAGCAAACAGCUUGCGUUCCAGCAGCAGCUGAUCCAGAUGCAGCAGCUGCAGCAGCAGCACAUUCUCAACCUUCAGAGGCAAGGCCUUGUCGGAAUACAACCUAGUCAAGUCCCCAUCCAGGGCCUGCAGCAAGCCAUGUGUCCCACGGACCUGCAGCAGCUGUGGAAGGACAUGGCGAGCGUGCAGAACCCAGACGAGCCCAUCAAGCACGAGGGGCUCGACCUGAGCACUAACAGCUCCAACUCUACCUCAUACACGGCCUCCAAAGUCUCACCUCAGAUCCCCCAUCAUCCUUUGCCAAAUGGACAGAACUCCAUGCACACUCCAAAGAGAGACAGAGCAAGACUCUUUGAAUGGAUCUCGUCCUUCACCAAGGGGGAGUCCAGUGACGAGCAUCUCAUUUCUUACCCCAAAGGCACUCCUCUACAGAGUACCCAGUUGUCCCAUGAGGAACACACAGCUUCACACCCACUUUACGGCCAUGGAGAGUGUAAGUGGCCCGGCUGCGAGGCGCUCUGUGAAGACAUGGGCCAGUUCAUUAAGCACCUCAACAGCGAGCAUGCCUUGGACGACCGCAGUACAGCACAGUGUCGGGUGCAGAUGCAGGUCGUUCAGCAGUUGGAGAUACAGCUGGCCAAGGAAAGCGAGCGACUGCAGGCAAUGAUGACCCACCUGCACAUGCGUCCAUCAGAGCCAAAGCCUUUCAACCAACCGCUGAACUUGGCGUCGAGCGCCUCUCUGUUGAAGCGGGACAGCGACCCUUUUCCCGAGGGUUUACCACACCCUCCCACUUCGGCAGCAGCUCCCAUCACCCCCCUGAGGCAGGGCCCGUCCGUCAUCAGCUCCUCCAGUCUACACGGUGUCGGCCCCAUCCGCCGGCGCAAUUCCGACAAGUACUGCACCCCCAUCGCAUCUGAGCUAGCCCAGAAUUGUGAAUUCUACAAAAACGCUGACGUCAGACCUCCGUUCACAUACGCUUCUCUGAUACGGCAUGCUAUUCUUGAGUCCCCUGAGCGACAGUUGACUCUCAAUGAGAUCUACAACUGGUUCACACGAAUGUUCGCCUAUUUCAGGAGAAAUACAGCAACCUGGAAGAAUGCCGUGCGCCAUAACCUGAGCCUCCACAAAUGCUUUGUGCGAGUGGAGAACGUCAAGGGGGCUGUUUGGACUGUGGACGAAGUGGAAUACCAAAAGAGGAGACCACCAAAGAUGACCGGAAGUCCCACUCUGGUGAAGAAUAUGAUCUCUGGAUUGGGCUUUGGUUCCUUGAAUGCCAGCUACCAGGCGGCACUGGCGGAGAGCAACUUGAGCCUCCUGAACAGCCCCACGCUGAUGAACAGCACAGCAGCCAGCCUCAACAUGCUGCACGUGGGUCAUGAUGAUGUGAGCAGCACCGUGGAACAAGUGAACAGCAACGGCAGCUGCAGCCCCGGCUUGUCUCCACAACAAUACGGACAUCAGAUCCACGUGAAGGAGGAACCUGCAGAGCUUGAGGAGGACAGCCGGCCCAUGUCCCUCAUUGCGUCCGUCACUCAGAACCUGAGCAUGCCCAGUGACGAUCGCGACAUGGAGGAAGAGCUUCCCACAGAGGAGCUGGAGUAAAGGUGGGCAGGGUUUACGGUCCCCGCCUUUCCUUGUCACACAAGGCAUAAAUAACCACAAAGAGGAAAAACAAAGAGAGAUGAUAUGGAACAACCCCAACAUCAAGAAAACAAAACAGGGUGUACCUCUCAUCAGUCCAUCGUGCAUUUAAUUUUUUUUUCUCUCUUUUUAGCUGUUUUUUUUUUUAUUUGUCUCUCUACUUUUCCUCAGUAGAUUUCUUCAGUAAAUGUUUUAAAGUCCCAAAGACUAGUUUUAAGUCUCUUGUGUAUUUGAGACUGGUGCAGCCGGUUUGUUUCUCCUGCUCGGAACAGUCCGUCUCAGACUGACAGCAAACCACCGGUCCCCCAAAGAGCCUCACUCUGCUCCUACUGUCUUAUCAGCUUUAGUUCAUUUUUAUUUUAUUUUAUUUUUUUUUUUUGCCUGGCCUGAGAACUGCUUUGGGAUAAAACUGCAGCUGUGGUUUACCUCAGAACGACGUUCACGGAUCCAACGGAGAACACAAACUAAACCAUUAAGACAGAACUUCAGCUUGCUUCUAUCCUGGAGUUUUAGGUUCUGUCAGGGGUGUCAUGCUUCUUUACUGAACAACAGCAACAAAAAAAGGGAUCAAAACAUGACCAGAGCAAUUGACUCCUUUCUGUCUUACCCUGACAUUUGACCUUAAGAUCAGUGAACUCUUAGGUAAAAAAAAAAAAGAGUGGUGGAAUUUUCCAGUCUUGGACCAGUGUUAACAUUUUGUGAUCUCUAACUCUAACUGGCUCGCUCUGUCUUUGUCUGAUAUCUGAUGGCGAGAAACCAAACAGCUAUCUUUUUCUCUCUCUGUCUCUCUUUCGGCUUCUGUUAUAACAAAAAAAAAAGUUGAAAUUGUUUCCAUCACCAACCUUCCCCUCCAAACAAAAAGAACAUCUUUUUUCAGGACCAACUGGUGUGUGAGCACUGACAGCCACGAUGAAGCAUCAGAGCAGAGACAUGACUCUUACAUGACUCUUUGAUUCAAACGUGUGUGACGUAGUUUUCCGAUGCUUGUUUAAAACGUUUAUUUCACACUCAUUAUCUCACAGUCUUCAACAGGAUCAGCCUUUUACAUUGUGGUGUACUUUAGUUCUGCAUAUGUAGGUUGAUUUUUUUGCUGUUGUUAUAUAUAUAUUUUUUAAACCGAAGAAUUAUCACCAUUCCAAAUUGGCUGGAUUUUAGGUAGCGACAGAAAACGAGAACCAGAAAAAUGAUGGAGAUUUUAAUACCAGGAAGCCGGGCUCAAUCAGAGAGGGGUUCGAAUGUACAGGUUCCCUGAAAGAUCAGUUACAGGCACUCUUUUUAUUUCCUUCUUUUUCUUUUAAGCAUUUAUCAUUGCAUUUUAGAAAUUCCACUGAAAAUUCAGCUGCGAUACAAAGCGUUGUUUUAAAGAGAUGAUAUUGUGGUCACAGAAUACCUCAAUCCACGGUAUUCCCUCGCCUCGUUCUGGGGGAUUCUUACUGUGGCCUAAACUAUUUCAAAGAUCUCUACAUCAUCUAGAUAUACACUAAUGCUUAUCGAAAUGUCUGGUUAGCAUGUGAGAUUUUCCAAAUGUUAGCCGUCACAUAAACAUAAACAUUCAUAGCAGUGGCAUGCCAAAUUCAAGUUUUCAUUUUAUUUCGUAUCCUCCCAAUUUAUUUUCGUUACAGGUUACCAAAGAGAUUUGUAGUAAAACCAAAUACCCUCCAUUUUUAUUUUUGUUUUAAUUCUUGUCUUUUCUUUUGUUCCUUCUUAAAGAAAGUGUCCAAAAAAAUGAUUCCUUAAAUUAUUAUGCUGUUGUUUUAUUUGAUUUAUAUAUAUAUAUAUAUAUAUAAUUUCUUUUUGUUAAGUUUAAGUGAUCUGUUAAAGACUAGCACAGAACAUUCCAAAAACCAAAGUGUAAGGUGUAAAAGAAAAUUUGAUGGUUUAAGAAGAAGAAAACAAAAAUUACUGUUUAAAUAUAGUAUGUAAAGUGAAUGAUGUUAAUCCUAUGGGGUGUAAGGCCAAAAAGAAGCAGUUUCGUCAAGCCUCGUUCGGUUCCUUAGAUGAUAAAGCACUUAACAAACAAAAAAGACAGAAAAAAACAGAAAGCUCUACCCUCUCACGCUCAGGCAACGACAAAGUGUUAUGAACACAACCUUCAAAAAUGCCUCAAGGUCUAAAGAUAUAAAUACUUUUACAGACAAAAGGCACUUGGACGACAAACGCUCAAUACACAAAUCCUCAUUUUUUUAUUAGGUAUGUUUUUCUUUUUUUUAGCAAAACACUCAUUUUUCACCCUCCUUGCAUUGUGUUGGGUUUUCUCCACGCAGUCUUUGCUAUUUCAUCCCUUUUCAGCUGAAGGAUAACAGACAGGAAGAGAUCAGCUAGAGAAAAGAUAAACAAAACAGACAUCCGAGGGCCAGCUUCAAUGAGAAAUGCACUUCGUGUUUAAUCUGAGAGGAACUUUUUUUUCCUUUAUUUUCUUAAACAAUACACACUCAUUCUUUUCCUUUUGUUUUUAACCUACGUUUGUUUAACGCACUUGCUAUGGGAAUAGAAACGAAACGAUAUAAAACCAAAAAUAUUGCUACCUCCUUUUUGAAAUAGUCCACAAAAUAAACGGCCAAUGAAAACCAUCCAUAGUUAUCAUACAUACACACCGUCUUGUUUUUUCAUUCAUCCUUUAAUAAAAAAUAGUCGAGAACCAAAAUAUGCUUGUGGACUAAAAGCUUGUCUGGCGAUCCUUGAUCCUGAAUUCAUUUGCAUGAAUGAAACCAAGCAAACAACACACACAUACAUACAGACACACACACACACCCCAUGCUGACAAAAAAAGUAAUGACUACCUCUCACAUUGGAAAAAAAAAAUGCUGAGUCUUGUUAAGUGCAAAGCAUUAAACGGUCAACGUUAUUUAAAAAAAAAAAAAAGGGUCUAUUCCAAAUUGCGCGUCCACCAUCUUUAAGUGAUCUAUUAGCAUAGUGUCUGUGUACAGGUCUGAGGCGAGGAGGCAUUAAUUGCACGCUCUAAUUCUGCAUGCAUAACGAGGGACCAGGCCCUGCUUUAAGCCAAUGAGGCGGCCGGUCAUUAGAGCACGCUCAAUGGGCCAGUGUCAGAAAUGAUGAUGGGCAGAAUGCAUUAACGCGGGUCGUCUCGUUCAAACGGCCCCCCGGCUUUCCAAUUAAUGCAAAGCGUGGCUUUAUGGCGGCUUCGGGUCAGGGGGGAGAAAUAAAAGAGCACAGACACCCGCACCGAGCAGCGCACUUGAGUGUAGCAGUGACUAACCACGAGUUUUGUUUUGUUUGUAUUGUUCUUUUUUUUUCUUCUUCUUCUUUUCUCUUUUUCUCUUUCUCUUCAUCCUUUAAAAUCACUCAAAAAAAAAACGAGCUGCAGAGAAGCCGGCUGGUGGUAGUAGUAGUCGUAGAAGCGCUGGCGCAAAAAAUAAAUAUAAAAUAAAUGAAUAAAUACCCUGAAUAUCCCAAAGAUUUAACGUCCAUGCUAAAGACGACUACGAUAAGGCUUAGAAACAGGAACCGUGCUGAAUCUCACAGUAAUAAAGGAACUGCUGCAUUAAUGAAAGAACGUCAAUCGUGCUUUAAGGUACACACCUGUAAACAAAAGUUGUUUUAUAAAGAUGUAGACUGAUGUACGUCAGUGGUAUUAGCGAUCACCAUAAUGUUUUCUUUUGUUAAUCUUGUUGUAAUGAUGUAUUAUUGUAUAUUACAGCUUGGCUUGGCUCUCAAGGGCAUUGUUUCUCCCCACACCUUUUUAUUUUUUUGUCUUUAUAUAUUUUUUUUUGCUGUUUUUUUUUUUUUUUUUUUUACGUUAAUUUCUUACAAUCCUCUAGCUAUUGUAAAACUUCCUAUACUGUAUUGCUUAUGCUGUAUGUAUUUAUCAUAUUAUGUGCUGCAAGUAUCAUUAUUUUCACUCCUCUUUUUAUUUUCUUUUCUUUCGCCUUCACAAAACAUCUGGGACGAUGCUUUUUUUUUACGUGUAUUAUCUCAAAAAAAAAAAAAAAAAAUCUAAAUUAGGUUAAGUGGUUUAGGUAAAAAAAAAGAGAAAAAGAAAAACACCAGUUUGUAUAUUUAUCUUAGUUAGGUCUAUUUUGAUACUUUUUUGUCUCUGUAUUGCAGUUAUGCAUUUUUAAGGGUAAAAAGAGAGAAAACUAAAUUUUAAAAGAGUUUAAUUCAUUGUUGCAAUGAUACCUCAGAAGGACUUUUUUUUCCUCAAAGGACAGGACCAAAACCUCAAACAAGGAGAAAGAGGAAAAUACAAAACCUGAAGAAGAAAAAAUAUGUAGCCCUCUCUUGCUUUAAAAAAAAAGUACUUUGAGGUGUUUGUUGGUCCUUUUUAGGUGCCAAUAGAUGUAUUUGUACAGAUUCCCUUUAAACCAAACCAUUCCUGUAGUUUGCAGAAAACGUCUCAAAGCUGUCGCUCACUUGGCAAUGGUGUUUUAUAUUACAAUUACGGCGAGUUUGUCUUUAUUCGUCACGUUUGGCUCAGAGCCCAGUGGACUGCGCAGCAAGGCUCUCAUUAGCUUAAUUGGCAUUAAUGGCUUAGUAAUUAAAAAUAAGCUGGUGCAUUGUCGUCGUUUUCAUGCCAUCAUUGAAUCUAUUGAUUCUUUUUUUUUUUUUACUGUUUUCUUUUUCCCUUUAUUUUCUUUAAAGAUGCAUUAAUUGAUCUCUAAAACAAUGGGACCAUGAUUUCUGUUACAACCUGUUUUUUUUUUGUUUUUUUUUAGGGUUAUUUAUGAUAUUAAUUAUUGAAAUCCUUCCGAGGCUGUGCUGAUUGGAUAGAAAUUAAAAAAAAAAAAAAAAAAAAGGAAAAGCUUUUCACUUUUUUUUGUGGAAUACCAAGCACCAUUCCAGUGUCACUGAAUUACACUGAAUCUGUGUUCGAUCAUCCCCCCCCCAAACCCUUUUUUUUUUUAAUAUAAAUAUACCAUUCUGUCUAUUGAGCUGUCUGAGCUCCAUUUCUGUGUGAUUGACAGUUUUAAUGUGACGUUAUCCAGGAAACAGGUUCUUGCCCAGGAGCUGUGCCUGACGGUAUUAACUUUUUUUUUCUUUUUUUUUUCUUUUGGUUUUUGGCCAAUCAAAUGGAUUUACCACUUUAGCUCUCGUUUCAUUUGCAUCUUAAGAAUGUGUGUACAUUUUUUUAAUCAGCAGUGAUUUCUAUGUACUUAGUUUAGUAUAAAUAUAUAUUUUUUGUUCUAUUUUUUUGUUCGAAACUUUCGAAUGAAAAUUUUAGGGGAAUGAACACAUGGUGGUUCUAAGAUGGUAUUAAAAAAAUAGUUAAAGAAAAAAAAAAAAGUAAAGGCAACUAGCCAGCCACCGUUAUUGUUUUUAACCCUGGGGUGACCGUGUUUAUGCCAGUCACUGCCAUUUUUCUUCAUGCUGUAUAAAAAAAAACUACAAAAAAACAAACAAAAAAAACACAUAUAUCUGUGUAUUUGUAACCUGAAUCUUCAUGUGUCUGCUCAUGCAGACAAUAAAAAAACUGUACAGUAGUUCUAGUUGCAUGUAAUCUGUACUAAUUAUUGACAAUGGCAUUAUAAAAUGCAAUAAAAUACUUAUUACACUGUC